AUGUGUCAGUUUGUAGAGCUCGAGUUUUCCUGCGGCGAAAGCGGAGGUCGCCAUCGAAAGAGGACAGAAGCAGUCUGGAGAUGUGACACUCCCGUCGGUUGCAUCAUCAACGAGAUGAAUAAGUCCAUUGCCGAGACCGUGGUUGACGUUCAGGAUAUGGAUGCAUCAAGCUUCAAGAUCCUAUAUGUUGGCGGGCAUUGCGACGAAUGUGCCUGGAGAAUGGGAAAGGAACAAGUGGAGAAGAUGAUCUUGCGUGAGGAUAUUGAGACGAAGCUCACCAAGUUUAAGGAACACUUUGAGGCUCUGUGUAGCAAGUCAUCCCCGACGGAAUCACUCACCCAAGAGCUAGUCCUAGAGAAAACUCUUCUGCAGCGAGCCGUGUAUGACCCAAAGAACAUCUGUUCUUCUGGGCCAUGCACAAAACCCGUCAUCUCCAUCAACAGCUGCAGAGGCCUUUUCUGUGAGGAGCACACUUGCGCUGCCCGAAAAUGGGGAUGCCUCAUGGAUGCUGUGACCAAGAAGAACAGCCCUCAGAGCGCCAUGUACUGCUCUGCUCACACCUGUGAAGAAUUUGGCUGUGGGAUGAGGGUCACCCAAAGGGACGCCAUACAUUGCGAGAAGCACAGGCUAUCCACUGUGAAGGGUCAGGUAGAUUGA